AUGGAACCCGGGGCUAAUACAUUGUCGCGCGUGCAACCGGAACCGCCUACGAACUCGCACGUCUACACAGCGAGAGGGGAUGGCGGAGAGGGUGGAAGGAAGUGUGAUCGAAAAUACGACGCCGAAGGGGAUGAGAUCUGGAAUAGAGCUGGCGCGGGAUUGCGAUCGCACCGACGGCGGGAACCGAUGAUAAAUGGAAAUAUUAGGAGGUAUAAUGCACCGUCACAUCGAAAACCGGUGAAAUAUGAUUCUCGGCCGAUCACUCGUGUGCAAAAACACGUGUAA